AUGCACGGCAUGGCCGACGAAAAGAAAAGAAAGUUCAAGAUUCGCAUUCGGCCAUCAAAGAGAAACUACAUUGGUCUCUUUUUCUCACUUGUCGGCUUCUUGUUGAUCCUCUUAUGUCUCGUCGGUAGUCGCACAGCCAGCGGCAAAGGUCUCCAUUUUGCACGAUUGAUCGAACGACCUGCGGGUCCAUUGACCAUUUACAUUGGGUGGCAAGGCUAUUGCGUUGAACAAGGCAGCACGAGCAAUGUGGAAUGCAGCACUGACGAUGGAGUCAUGAUGAUGCCGUUUGAUGUGAAUAUAGCCGAAAAGUUCAAUGAGACGUAUCCACACCUCUUUGCCGAUCCAGUUGAGCAAGAUCCAGAUUUGAACCCGGAUGCACAACCGAAUCCUCCUCAUAAUCCAAAGAUUUAUGCAGGAUCCAUUCUGUGUCUCUUGAGUGGUGGUGCAGCAACCGUCGUCGGCCUAGCAUGGUGGAUCUAUUAUCCUCAAUUCCAGGACAAGAAUUACUCACGUGGUUUUCUCGCAUGGAUGGCAGCCGUUUUAUCCUUAUUACUCGUUGCACAAUCAGCUGUCAUGUAUCAAAACGGCAUUGAACAACUCAACCUCGUUUAUCCACACUUGGAAGCCAUCGAAGGUCCUAAUCUCGCCCUCGUUGGUGUCGCAUUCGCUUGCUAUAUCAUCGCUGGCUAUACCUAUUUGCAUGGUUUAUUCAAGACAGAUGAUGAAGAAGCAGCUCUUGGUGAUGGCUAUAAUCCAUUGUAG